UAUGGCGGCUGCUACUGCUGAUGUCCUUGUCCCGAGGCUGGACGAAAAGCACGAGGAACUACAAGAGAAGAAGCAGAAGAUGACAGAUGAAGAAAGACAAGAGGAAGAAGACGUCCCCUAUCGCGAGAAAGUUGGCUUACCUUUGGAUGAUGAACUUCAAGAGAAGAAGCAGAAGAAGACAGAUGAAGAAAAACAAGACGUCCCAUAUCUUAGUGACGAUGACGAUGAUGAUUGUUUUCCUGGUGAGCUCCCUGAGAUGACCCGUGCAGAAUUGGCUUUGUAUCAUCAACAGGUUGAAGAAAGCGGGGGCUUUGAUGUUGACGACUUCUCCCACUCUUUCGCAUGCGGUAGAAUUGAGACGAUGGGAUUCAGGGGGGUCAUUGAUGAUGCUGAUAAGAAAGAACUUGGUGAAUAUUCUAUGGAAGCAAUCCACAAGUACAACACUGAUGAGAAGAAGAACUUUAAGUUCAAGGAGGUGGUGAAGGCAAAUGUGCAGUGCGUUGAGGGCCUCAUGUAUUAUAUUACCUUCAAUGCUGAGAAUGCUUCUACUGCUACUAUUGAAACCUUUCAAGCUGAAGUGUGGAGAGGAAUUGGAUUUGUAGAGGUCACAUCUAUUAGGGUAAAGCCCAUCUCUAUCUCCAAGCAAGGAAAUGAAGACUUGGCAAUAUGCUGUUCGCAAAGUUCAUGAAGGUUGCUGGCAGUAUUUUUCUAUCUAAGUCAAAUGGAGGGAAAACACUUUUUAAGUCUGAAUUUAAUAUUAUGUAUGGUAAGUUUAGGUUGAUAUUA